AUGGACUCCUCUGGCGAGCGUUCGGCCAUCGCCUGCGUGGCAUGUGCCAAAGCCAAAGCGAAAUGCGACAAGAAGAUCCCAUGUAUGCGAUGUACUGGGAAGCGGAUAGAUUGCAUCACUCGAGCGACCCGCCGCUCGUCACACGCAGCUACCAGGCGGAGCAUGUCACGAACGCAUUCAGACAGACCUUUGACAACCAACCACGGGGCAUUUCACGUCAACACCUUGGGCCAAUUUGGCGUACCUAUGCCAGAUGCACCAAUGAUCUCGCCAACUCAUAUGAGCCCUCAACAUAUCCCACCAGUGCCUCCAAUACCGACUCCCUUCCAGACCAACAUGAGUAUGCCAAACAUGCAACAUCCACCCAUGCCAAUGCAACAGCCGCCAUUUGGGCAACCUCACUUUGACAUGGAGCAGUCGUCGGUAGGGAGCGGAUUCACUCACAAUACGCCGCCGGAAGCAUAUAUGCCAGGCACUCCUAUGAUGCCUAACGUAUCUCAAUCAGACAACUUCGCUCAUAUAAAUCACGACGGCUUUGAUCCAUAUGGCGAUGCCCAGGUUUUGGCUAUGAAUGUUUCACAAGACAUGAUGGACUUCGGAUGGAACAUCAACAGUCCUCAGACCAUGUUCCCUGAUCAAACAGACCAGCUCUUUGGAACUCCGAAUAAAUUCAUGACCCCAAAUCAACUGCACCUUCCCCUGCAGGAGGGCUCUACUGCUAUCAAAUCAGGAAUGGAGAAUCCAAUUAGCACUCCGUUUCCAGAUCUCCACCGACCUCGCACGCGACCAGCAGCUGCUGUUCAACCACCAAUCAACACGAAUCUACCAUCACUCGGAGUACAGGAGCUCGAGGCUGUCAGUAAAUUGUACGCCUUGUGGCCCCAUUUCAAAUGCAAUAGUCCGAGCAAAGAGUAUACGCAGCAGAACGCACCGAAAACCGCAGUCACCUAUCUUGAAGGCCUUGUGCACACUCUGGAGCGUACCAACGCGGAUGCCUGGAACGCACAGAUCAAUCGCGAGUCUCUGAAUAUGCCGACAGAGCGAGGCAUACUCGUCGAGCCUCUUGCAGGCUCUCCAAGGGAGAAGCUGCUUCUUAUCACACAAAAAUUCCUGGGACGUGCAUUCAAAGUUCACGAGAACGAUAGAAGCUCGAAGCAGACGCCGUCCAGUCCCAGUUCGAAAGAUGGACUGCUUCUGCUUCCGCCUGCGGAAGUGAUGCAGUAUUUCAUGCAGUGCUAUGCUGUCCGAUAUGAGCCGUACUAUCCUUCGAUACCAAUGGGCCGGUUAGAUCCCAACAGCAUGAUCGACAGCCAGGGUCUGAAGUCGGCGGCGUUAGUGAUCUUGCUCAUGGUUGCGUCCGGUGCCGCAGCCGCGCCUACCGCAGACGCUAGGUACAUCGCCAGUGGUCUGACAGAGGCUUGUCGUCUCUCAUUGUUCGAAGUCAUCGAGCAAGAUGUGGUUCUAUCUCGAGAGCCACUCAUACUGAGGGCAGCUCUUCUCUUCAUCUGCCAGGCCGCAUGGUCUGGCGAUAAGUGGCAUAUGGAUAUGUCCAUGGGUCAACGAGGGACCUACCUGACCAUGCUCAGACAUUCUGGCUUGCUUGACAGAACUGACUUCGCGCGUGGCGUGGACGACGUCAUGGCCGAUCCCGACUCUUCCUUUCAGGAGUGGCGGGAAAUCGAAGCCAAACACCGCCUCGCUCAUGGUUGGAUCACCUUGGAUCAAGAAAUAAGUCUGUUCGCCGACGAGACCCCUCUGAUCAGCAUGGACAAGCUGAACACCCCAAUGCCCGAAUCAGACGCCAUGUGGCAUGCUGGGACGACGCGAGAAUGGCUGGACUUGCUCAGAGCCUCUCGUGGUGACCCGUCAUACAGUACUCCGAAGUCGUUACGUGACUUCUACACCAGCUUCGUCAAUGGUGAACUCAACGGGCAGACACUCUCGCCUUUGAAGCUUCGUCUCUUGCUUCAUCCGUUGCAGGUCCAGGUCUGUCAUGCUCGACAAUUCCUUACAGGCGCACAGAACGCUUCGAUGUCGGCGUGGAGGCUCCGGUUGCAAGAGAUACAGCCCUUGCUCCAGCAGUGGUAUGGCAUCAUCAAGCUUUCUUUCAACGGCCAGAAGGGAGAUUGCUGGACAACAUGCGCCAACCUGAUCAUGUACCAUCUGAUAAGCUUGAACAUCCUAAGUAGCUUCACCGAAAUCGAGCGCUUCGCUCGACGACAGGUAGACUUGGGAUCGUACCGCGAAUCGACGUGGUUGAAGAAUCACUGUGUCGACUCGGCACCAGAGAUCUACUUCCACUGCGGCCAAGUACUGCGCCUGAUCACUUCCAUGCCCAAGCCUGUGAGGCCGGCGUGGUGGUCUGGCGCAGUGUAUCGCGUGGCCAUGACAGGAUGGGCAGCCAGCAUGGCCCUUGGAGGAAAGUCCAGCACCAGCGCGUCUCCAGCAGAGGCAGCGCAGCCAUUCGCCAUCAACGGCGUCACUCCAGAACACGUCUGUGUUCAACGGUAUCUGACGUACCAGGAAGGAACGCCGAUGCUGAAGACCGGCAGCGGACCUCUGACGCCUCUGGACGUGCCGACCAAUAUUGUGGAGUAUGUCGUCGAUAUCCUGGACGACGACCCAUCGAUGCGCAUGUCGGAGGGCAUCAAGCACAAGCUCAAGUUGUUUGUCGGUAGCUGGAAGCAGACCUGA